AUGCGGCUCACACAGGUGUCGCUCCUUUUAUCGCUGUCCUCUUUCGUCCUCUCCAUCGUUAUCUUUCCCGAAGCCGAAGUCUUCCAGACCCAACCUAGGGACUCCCCUGACCGGUUGUCCGAGGCCACCGCGGCUGAACUCGCAGUGGAGGCAUUGGAAGAGUAUCUCGGACUGCCUGCCUCACGUGUUGUUGGAGAAGAGGAAGAGACCGGAGAUGAGCUCAGACUCACUCCAAAAAUCGCCGACCUCCCUCAUGUCAUCGAGACGAUUGUCGAAGACGAUUGGGUCAGGAUUACAAGGCUGUCCCCCAAUCCAUCCGCGAAAACGGUCGACGGUGGCUCUGACGACGACCAGCCCCUCCCCGUGGUGAUCUGGCACGGGCUUGGAGAUUCAGCCGACGCCAAAGGGAUUAAAGAGAUCGCAGCUAUGUUGGACAAUAUCCAUCCGGGCACAUAUACAUAUAUCAUUUCCCUGGGCGGUAACCCCGGCUCUGCGGAUCGCCAGGCUUCGUUCUUUGGUAACGUCACCGAACAAGUCCUUUCCGUCUGCCACUUGCUGGCAAGCGACAACAUUUUGCGCACAGCACCUGCCCUCGACGCAAUCGGAUUCAGCCAAGGUGGCGUUUUCCUGAGAGGCUACGUCGAAAGAUGCGCCCAUUGGGCACCCAAGAUUCGGUCCCUGGUCACUUUCGGAUCUCCACACAAUGGCAUUGCCGAGUUUCAGAAAUGCGCCUCGGCCUCGGACUGGAUUUGUCAAGGCGCCAAUGCGCUCUUGAAGAGCAGCACUGUCUGGUCCGACUUCAUCCAGUCGAGACUGGUGCCUGCCCAGUAUUACCGCGAUACGAAAGAUUUUGACAAUUACCUCGAGCAUUCGAAUUAUCUGGCGGACAUCAACAACGAGCGCACACGCAAGAACGUCACUUACGCCCAAAACCUGGCCACCUUGGAAAGAUUUGUGAUGAUCCUUUUCGACAAUGACAAAACCCUCAUUCCGAAAGAGAGUGCAUGGUUUGCAGAAUUCAACGAAACCGAAAACUCGGUUACACCCCUCCGAAAUAGGCCCAUCUACAAGGAGGAUUGGAUCGGCCUGAAGAAGCUGGACGAGAAGGGCGGUUUGAAGUUCGUGGGCUUGCCUGGUGAGCAUAUGGAGUUGCGAGCGAAGGAUUUGAGGAGCUUGUUUGAGGUAUACUUUGGCCCGGCGGGAAAGAAAUUCGAGGAACUUGACGCUGUGGAGGAGCAAGAAACGGGUAUCAAGCCGGAGUUAUAA